CCAAAAAGAUGCAUCAAAGCCCUCUUUACCCUGUUAACUCUUCGAUAAAAUUGGUGAAAUUGGUGAAUUAUUUGCGACAUUGCCCCGUUAAUGCUCUUCGACCGUCGGACUCCCACCCAACAUCUUCUGCUCAAGGCAUUGAUGUUGGUUACCAGGGUGGUCUGGUCUGUAACGCCCUCAAAAAGUAAUAUAAUCAUUGACUUUAUUCCUUUUACUAAAUCCCUAGGUAAGCAUGAAUGAUCGGAGCAGGGGAGGAUACCAAUGUGGACAGAGCUGAAUAUUGUCUGUCUAGAAGAGGAAGACACAAUUGAAGAAUCGUACGGAUUUUUCCUCGUAACAAGGUUGUGUGUGUCGAUUGUUGCUUCUCCUGAUACUAUUGCUGUAUGCUUCCAGUAUACCGAUCCAAUCGACUGAAAGAUGCUUGAUUGGCAGAGAGGAACGAAACAAAAGGGGGAAUACAUAUCGCUAAGAAAAUGUAAUAUUGAAUGGGACGAAGACGAAAGGAGGAAGAGGAGAUGGAGAAAUUAAGUGAAAGGAAAGCUUAAUUCUGAAUUGGAAUUUGGAAUUUAGAUUUUGGGAUUUCGAAUUCCGACUUUUGGCUUUG